AGUAGAGCUGCACGACCCGCCGAGUCGUGAGUAAGAAUAAGAGUCGAUAUCCAAGAUGCUGGCGCCAGCCGUCGUUCUCUUUGUUUCGUGUGUUUCCGUGCAGGUUUGUUCUGCACCACCAGGCACGAAAGCUCGCGCAUGCGCAUCUCAGUCUAGCACCGAGGAUGUUGAAGAGAUCGAUGCGGGAGAAAAAUCGAACGGCCCACAAUCACCAGCUUCGCAGCUCCAACUGCCCGCAGCUGCAGGGACCACAGCGCCCCCUAAAGAAGCAGAGGCUCUUCAUGAAGAGGAUUUUCAGCCCGCUGAAGAGUCUUCUUGGGCCUGGCUUUGGCCUCCGCGUUGGAAUUUGUUCUCCGGAUGGAGCCAGAAAAGCAGUUGUGGGCAACAAGCGAAGACUUCUUUCGAUGAAGCAUUUGUCCAACAAUCUUCUGCGGCGACUUCGGAUAGCGCAAGAACUCCGACAUCACUGGGGCAAGAGCAGGAUACCGUGGUUUGUAGUUCAAUCCUACAACAACUCUCCCCGGCGGCCAGUGGCAGUACACGAGGUGUCGUGUCCUUCACUACGAGUCCGCGCGGCACCGGCUCUCCAACGUGCCAGGACUUUGUCAGCAGCUCAACGGCAGCUGCGAUUCUUGGUGUGAAUCAGAACAGUCCCUAUCCGGCUUGCGUUCGUGUGGUGAGCAAAUUCUUGAACAUUAAGAACUCAGAGCCGACCUCGCGUGUGAAGCAGCAGGCGUUGACUGCAGCGCUUAACUCCAAACGUUUAGAGUCUGGAUCUGGCUCUGCACGGUCGCACACAGCAGACGAGGCAGUACUAUCUGCUGGGAGACGAGCAGCAAGCCAGCACCAGCAGCCGUGUCUCAGCCAAGCGGAGCGGAUCUGUCGAGAGCUGAAGAAAGACGUCAAUGUUGGUAAGGAAAUGCAGCUGGUGGCACAUCAAGAAUGCACAAGAACCAGAGCAGAUGACGACUCUCCUCCCUCAGUCCCAGCUUCGCCGCAAGCCACUCAAGCAGCAGAUUCUGUAGCCUGCCAAGAGAACUACGCGGAUCGCAACGAAAAAGAGCAGAAGCACGAAAGAGCCGGGUCGUCGUGGAAGAUGCGCGACGUUUUCAAUAGAAACUUCCGCCUGGUUUCCUUCGCAAACGCGCUGGGUGGCCGAAAACAAGCCACAACUUUUCCGCUAACCACGACAGCGUUGCCGACGUCCCGCUUGCAGGUGGGUAGGAACAGAGCAGCAGCACUGCCUGUUCCAAAAGACCAGCUCCACGCGACUUUGAACCGGUUUGGCUGGGGCCACUUGGCGGAGGAUCUGAAGUUCCUAAGCGACCAAGAUCUCUACAUGCUGCGGACGUUGGCGUACACUGGGAAUGGUCGUAAGCGGACCAGGUCCAGCACUGCAUCCUCGAGUACGAAGGAAAACCAAAAAGCAGGAACAAAGGAGGACGAUCUUCUACCGGAAGAAGAUGCAUAUGGCAUCGAAGCUCUAAACCAAUUCCAAUCGGCGUCUUCCUCGUCUUCGAAGCAAAAGAGCCGCGAGCUUCAGGAGUUCAAAUUCAAGGCUUUGAAACAGAAACUAGCCGGCAGCACGACUUCUGCUGCCGACGAGGGAACAUCUACUACACUGACAGGUGCUAGUACAACAACUUUGCCGGCCAGGGAUUCCUUCAUAUUGAGAAACAUCCUCAUGGCGGAUUACUUUUUCGGCGGCUACAACGCGAAUCAAUUCAAUUUUGACCAAAAACAAUCCGUCGCGAGGGAUUUGCGGACCAGUUUGUUUGAGGCGGGUGUGUUUUCGGACUCGCAAGUCGGGGAUUUGGUGCAAACGCUGAAACGCAGGGCAGAAAAUUACAAAACCGAUUCCACUUCAAAUUCUUGUGACGCGGGUGCGUUUCCAGCAAGUGCGUCGUCGGCCCAAGAGCUUCUUUUGCAGACGAAGGAAAACUACUGCGGUGGCUCUGGCUCGUCUUGCUGCGUCGACAAGGAUCUGCGGGCCGGGUCGGUGCUCCGACUGGCGCCUUGCGAGCCCGACGGAGAUGAUCAGGAAGACCAUCAUGGAGGAGCAGGCACCGACGAAUUGAAAGCCAGCAAGCAAACGAGUGCCGGGUCGUCUGUCGGAGGACAAGAGCUGCUUCAUCUACCUGACAAGAAUAACAAACUGACUUCUCGGAAAUCACUCGGCUCUGACAGAUCAAAAUCCACCACGCUAUCGACCUCUGCACCGAAAUUGACAAACGCGGUCUCCCGGGUGUUCCAGUCCAUGCAGAAGAAUUUGAAGCAGCAACUGAAAAACAGUCGGAGCAACUUGAGUCUUAUGCAAGAAAAAAACUGUGUAAGUGUAACUCUGUGAUGCAGAAAGGGCAAAACAGUUACACUUGUCAUGCUGGACAUGCAUCAGAAGCUUUUUUCGUGCGUGUUUUCACGUAUUAGCCGCGCAUGACAGGCUCUCUCUGUCAGGCAGAGCAAAUUUGUGAUGCUAUUCCUCCAAGAAAGUUACACUAACACAGUUUUUUUCUUGGAUAAGUCUGUUCAGCGGCCUGACCUCGUCCAGUCGGAGGAUAUCAAGCGCAAAAAUGUCUGGGUCUGGAAAAAUGUAAACUUGUCAUGCAGAUUUUCCAUGACCACCCAUAUGGUCUGGAAUGCGGGACCUAGGAUGGCAGACUCUGUGAGGUCUCUACCAUGCCCAUCCUGCAUGACAAACUCCCUCCCAACUUGGUCAAAAGUGGACAGCUUUUGGCACUCAUGCAGCACAGAUUUUUGCAUGCUUCAGAUUUACCAUGCACAGAUUUUUGCAUGCUUCAAUUCAAUUCAGAUUUACCAUGACAAGUUGCCACCUUCCAGACCCAGACAUACUUGCAAUCCAUAGAGGAAGCGAAAGUGCAAGAAAGAUAACUUGGAGAACGACCCGGAGUUUUUUCCCAGGAAGUUUCUGCCCAAGUUCGUCUUUCUCACCGACGUCGACGACACGUUCUGGUGCAGUAACAAGGAGGCGAGCGGUAUCGCCGGCACGGACGAGAGCAUGUCACCGGUGGCGGCGUUUGUACAACCGAGUGGCGGGGGUAGUGGAGACUACCAGGGGGGAUCAUCUUCGCGACGGAAUUCUAACGGAAGCGGCACUGGUACUGGUUCUUGUGAGCAAAAUAAGCCCGCAAAGAAGCACGAAACGUACCCCGGUGUUGGGUUGCUCAUGGCGUUCCUGAAUGUGCAGAGCAGUAUUUUGGGGGAGGGAGAAGAUAGUUCCUCUGGGCGAAAGGAGAAGUUUUUCUACGUAGGGAGAACGAAAGUGGUUGUGCCUGCAGGAGGACAGGAGCUACUGUUUCCGCAUGAAGAUAAGAAAGCAGGGAAAAGAACAUCAAGAAUCAGUGCCGGAAGUAGAAGUGCGCUCACCGUCCCAUCAGCACCUCCGCCGAGAUUCCUACUAAAGCUGGACACCGAAGAGUACAAGUUGGAGAACAGCCUACCUUUCUACCCGGGCCUCCUUACCGCCCGCCCGGGAGAACUGAUGGGAACCAUUAAGCUGCAGGCAGGGUCGAAAUUUGGCUUUAACAAGAUUUGCGACCGAGACCUCCCACCCGCGAACAGCUUUUUUGAUCCGGGUCUUCUUGGUGAGACAGCAGUGGGUGCUGGCUCCCUAGUUUCUGCCGACCCUCCGGGAGAUCAACCGCAAAUCCCGGCGGCGCACCAGCUGCCGUCCCUCCCAUCGUCCCCGAAGAAACCGAUCACGAUUCUGCCCGGCGCCACCACAGUCCGACAGCUGCUUGGGAACGCGAAGGCACUGUACAGCUACGCAAACGACAAUGCGGUGACCAAGCCGGAUAUCAACCGGGUGUCUUCCAUCGGGGAGCGGAAAGUUGAAACUUUAGAGCAGUACUUGCAGAUCUUUCCCGAGUUUGUCAACCGCGUGGUGUUUAUCGGGGACGACGGCCAGGCCGACAUGGCCGUCGCAAAGGCCAUGCUGGACAAGGCCCGCGUGGUGGCGAUCAAGCGGGUGUGGCAGAAAAUUUUGGUAGGGAAAAGAAAUAGCGGCGCUGCUUCCACGACGGCCGCCGGGACGAGGAGAAAGACCUUCGGGAAGACGCUCACGCUGCCCGAAGGGGCAGUGAAAGCUGCUGUCGGCAAAACUGGGAGCGCGGGCAGCAGUACCAACAGUGACAUGAACAGCAAAACUCCAGCUAACAACGACUUCUAUGCAGGAGCUGCUGCUGCAGGUGCAGCUUCUGGCGGUGGAACAACUGCUGUCGCGAACCGGUUUUCAUCCUCUAACGGUGCGUCAGCAACACCAGGAGGAACUACCACCAGGAGAAACACGGCUGAGAAAAAUUCGUUUCAGGAGUUGCCGAGUAAGUUCUUCGGGCGGUAUUUCGAACAAGAGCCGCAUUCGGUAGCAAUGGAAAUGAACAGAAACACCUUGCGCGCGGAGGCAGCGCGGGAUGGCGCCACCAUCCUUCGUGAAGAAGAAGGUCUAGCAGAAGGAGAAUCGUCCGACGAGAAAAGUCGCGACUUGGUAAAGAAAUCGCAUCAGAAAGUGAAAUUUUUCUACUUCGACCACUAUGCUCCUGUGCAUGAGUCGGACCCGGCGAGAGAGCGGUACGACGCCGACCUGGAGUUACCUGUGUGGGAUACCGCGAACCCCUUUUCAGAGAUAAUCGAGUUUGCCGACGGGGCGUUCUACUUGAUGGAGCAAACAACUACUGAUGAUGAAGGUAGUACUCCUGCCGACGAUCGAGAUGAUAACUACACUGACGAGGAAAUGUUACGAAGUACCAGCGCGCCGCGGCUGAGAAACAAGUCAAUGACCAGAGUGUCUAACAGACUGCCAACGUUGAUUGCUCAACUGCUGAUCGCCGGUGUCAUACCGGAAACGGGACGAGACAGGUACGUGCGCUUGGACGACUACUUUUGCGGGCCCACUGGUGCCAGUGGACGGUCAGCGUCCACGUCUGGGGCGCAACUUUUGCUUGGCAAAAUGAACAGCUACUGCACCGCCCUAUUUCACUCAGCGGCAAGGGAUAAAAACGACGAGGACGAGGACCACAAUGAGCAAAGUGGUAGACCGGGAAGCAGUACCGAUGGAGGUCGUGGUGAAUCAAGUAGUGCGUCUGCUUUUUUCCCCCCAACUCCUCCCCCUGAAAUUCGGUAUUGGGACCUGGUUGCGCCCAAUGUACGACCAGGGCGGGACGAAAAUAAAGGAGAGGAACUCCGUUUUCGGUACACAGUGAAAGAGAUCGAAGUUGGAGCGCGCUGGGUCGUGCUGCACCCCGCGGUGCCUUUGGGGUUUACUACUGAUCCAGUAGCUUCAGAUGAGCGACAACCACAGCAGCCAGCUGCAGUUCUUGAGAACAGAAAGCAGGACGAAAAGAAAGAUACUCAGAUCAUAAUUCCACAAGAACAUCACCAAGCACCACAGCCACGAUUCUCCUUCACUGGCGGCGAUGUUUCCCACAAAACCGAUGAAUUUGUCACGGCUCUUCAAGGUGACGAGGGACAACGCGACAGUAUACGCGCCAUCACUUCUGCUGAAGACGAAGACCACGAGCACGACCGGAGUACAGAUUCUAUCACGCCGCGAACGCAAGAGCGGCUGGACGCUGCGGUCGCAGAAUCGAUGUUUCUCACCGCGAAAAGCAGCAGAGCUGGAGGAGAUGCGAGAAAUGCGUUCAGGAACGUCGAGAGAGGUCCAAGUAGAGACGAGGAAGUCGAACUGACAACGAAAAGACUGCGGAAAAGCGGGGAACAUGAACGAGAGCCGGAGUUACUUUUGGAGACAAUUAUGCCCCCUUCAAGUAACGACCUUGCAGCUCCGCUAGCCGGAAAAAGCGACCAGCAGCAGAAUCAACAGCUUCUGCUUCCAGCUGUGAUUCCACGAAGCCGUUUAGGAAAUAGACCACGAACAGACGGAGGCCUGGUGGCGGGAAUAAUUAACGACGCAUCGGCGACGGCAUCACCGCAGAGCUUUUCCCUGUUCUCGCCACUUCCGCCCACCGUGCCGAACCCCCGGGGGACUCUACGAAGACAAAAACUGCAACAGAAACGCAGCAUGUGGCGCGAAGCAAUUGAAAGGGAAAAAUCGAGGAAGGCAUAGAUUUUGGCACUUUCUUUGGAAAAUGAACAGGAUGCAUCGAGAAAAUGUCCAACGUCGGUAGUAUGCUAGCGAUUGCCUAAUGAGGCUUGUAUGAUGUAGAUUUUGAUGAUUAAUAAAUAGUUCUUCAAACGAAUACUAGGAUACUGGUCAUGCCCGCCUCAUGACAGUGAAAAUGAGUAAAUUUAAAGCAGUGCUUUUUACUAGCGCCAGCCUCCAGGACCGACUAACUUUGAUGUCUGUGAAACCGCUCACUCAGCUGAAAGUCAGGGUGAAGAAGCUGGAUCAGCACAGUAUUUUUCUGACGUUUGCGAAGUGUAAAUUUUGAUAGCUGCUUCGAAGCUUCUACCGAUAAGUCAGAUUUUUGACAGGGUAUGAUGUUGUCUACUUCUUUGACUGAGAAGAUGUCGUGUGCAGCUACCGAUUUUUGAAGCAGUAUCGGAUGCUGUUCGUGCA